AUGACUUCACCAGCUGUUGUUAUUGAUAAUGGUUCAUAUACUACUAAAGCUGGUUUUGCUACUGAUGAUUUACCAAAUUUAGUAUUCAGUUCAAAUUAUAUGAUUGAUAAGAAUGGUAAAGUGAUUAUAGGUGAUGAUGAAAUGUUAAAUAAUCCAAACUUAGAAGUCAUGACGUUACUAGAUAAUGGUUUAGUUUAUAAUUUUGAUAGAAUAGUAGAUAAUUGGUCAUAUGUAUAUGAUAAUAUUGAUAAUAAUAAUGGCAUAGAUUCAAAAGAAUAUCCAUUGGUGAUAACUGAACAAACAUGGAAUACAAAUAAAAAUAAAACAAAAUUAUGUCAAAUUGCCUUUGAAAAUUUUGAAGUUCCAAUUUUUAGUCUUAUAAAAAAUCCAUUAUCUCAAUUGUAUGGAUGUGGGAAAUCAACGGGGUUAGUAAUUGAUAUAGGAGCUAGUGUAACUUCAGUGACUCCUAUUCUAGAUGGUAUAAUUCAAAAUAAAAGCUCUUAUCAUUCAAAAUAUGCUGGUGAUUUUCUCAAUUUACAUAUUUUAAACUAUCUCCAAUCCAAAACUGAUAAUCUCGGAGUUUCAGGUUCUGACUCAUUUAAACAAUGGAAUUUAUCUCAUGGUUUAUUAUCAGAUUAUAAAAAUUUAUCAUUAAGUUAUCAAGUUAAAAAUUAUCAAUUAUUAAAUCAUAGUCAUAUAAAUGUGUCCGAUCAACGAAAUCAUCUCGAACAUUUAUUUGAUCCAAUUAGUUUUAAAAUUCCAAAUAUAAGUAUCCCCGAACCAACAUUAGAUAAACCAGAAAGUCAUGGACUUACAAACUUAAUCUAUUUCUCAUUAACUAAUUUACAACAAUCAUUAUAUGCAACUAAUUCAGAUUCGAAUGGAGCACCAUCUCAAAAUCGAUUCGCUAGAUUUAUUGAAUUAUUUAAAACUUUAUUAAAUAAUGUUUUAAUUACUGGUGGAACUUCAAGUGCUCAAGGUUUACCUGAUCAUAUUAUAAAUGAUUUAAGAGCAUUGACACAAAAAUUCUUUCCUGAUUAUCCUUUUAGUUAUGCUGUUCAUCAAAUUAGACCUACAAAUUCAGAUAAUUCAGAUAUCUGGGAUAGACAAUUUGGUUCAUGGUUAGGUGCAUGUAAUUUAGCAAAUAUGUUAAAUGAUGAACUGGGAAAUAAAAUUGCUUUGGAUAAUUGGUUUAUUUCAAAAGCUGAUUAUGAAGAAUUGGGUGAAGAUUUGGUAUUAGAAAAGUUUAAGUAA